ACUCGUGUUUCUAUGACAAUAACUACAGGCAAUAUCCAAAAUUUUAAUGUUUGAGUUAGUGGAUUUUAACCUGAUUCCUCUAGUCUAUAGUUUCUUGUGGAUACUUUCUGAGACCUUGACCUGUCAAAUGUUGACAUUUUGAACACAUUUUGCAUCCGACUCAGUGAGAGAGGAAUAUCUUAUUGAUUAACUGUUCAUUUGGAGAAAUGGAGGAUCCUGUGCUUCAACGGAAAGUGGAAGAAUGGCUAAAAUGGAGCAAGAAUGAGACAGAUAACAAAGAGAUUCAAGCCCUGGUUGAUGAAGGCAAUGCUGAUGAGCUCCAGUUACGGCUGUUUCACAGAAUGGAAUUCGGAACUGCAGGUCUCCGUGCAAGGAUGGGUGCAGGAUAUAACAUGAUGAAUGAUCUCACAGUCAUACAAGCUACACAGGGGCUCUGUUCUUAUGUGAUAGAAAACAUUCCAGAUGCAAAAGAAAUGGGAGUGUGUGUUGGCUAUGACGGGAGAUACAACAGUAAACGGUUUGCUCAGUUGACAUCCACAAUAUUUCUAAACAAAGGCAUCAAAGUGUAUCUGUUUUCAAAGCUUUGCCCAACACCCUAUGUUGCGCACUGUACCCGCCACUACAAGUGUGCAUGUGGGGUCAUGGUCACAGCUUCACAUAAUCCUAAAGAAGACAACGGGUACAAGGUGUACUGGUCAAAUGGAGCUCAGAUUAUCUCCCCGGUCGACAAAGGAAUAUCUGCACACAUCCUUGGCAACCUAGAGCCCUGGGAAACGUCUUGGGACGUUGACUUCACAGAGACAAGUCCGUUACGCAAGGACCCGUUUGACGACAUUCACACCAGAUACCAAGAAGAUGUGAAGUUGUUAUGUCAUUUUAGUGAGAAAAACAAAUGUUCCCCGGUGAAGUUCACAUACACUGCCAUGCACGGCGUUGGCUACUUGUUCACUCGUACAUCCCUGGAGCAGUUUGGAUUCCCUCCUGUCAUACCAGUAAAGGAACAGGUGGAGCCUGAUCCUGAUUUCCCCACUGUAAAGUAUCCCAAUCCUGAGGAAGGCAAGGGGGCGCUGACGCUGUCUAUGAAAACUGCAGAUGAGAAUGGUAGCACUGUCAUUCUGGCCAAUGAUCCAGACGCAGACAGACUGGCAGUGGCAGAGAAAGUCAAUGGGGAGUGGAUCAUCUUUACAGGCAAUGAGAUUGGUGCCCUGCUUGGCUGGUGGUCCUGGUUUACAUUCAGACAGAGGUGUCCGGACACACCAGCGUCUGAAUGCUACAUGUUCAGCAGCACUGUUAGUUCAAAGAUUCUAGAGACCAUUGCCAAGAAAGAGGGAUUUAACUUUGAGGAAACGCUGACUGGUUUCAAGUGGAUGGGAAAUCGUGCGGACACAGUGUUGAAAGAAGGCAAGACAGUGCUGUUUGCCUUUGAGGAGGCGAUAGGGUUCAUGUGUGGCUCCACUGUGCUGGACAAGGACGGGGUAUCAGCUGCAGCAGUCUGUGCUGAGAUGGCCACAUAUGUGUACAAUGAGGGGAAGACUCUGAAGGGGCAACUCAAUGAUAUAUUUGAUGAGUAUGGACUUCAUGUGUCGAACAACUCCUACUAUAUCUGCCAUGAUCAGAAGAUAAUUAAGUCCAUGUUUGAUGACAUCAGAAACUACAACAAUACUGGCAAAUACCCUGAGAGUUGUGGCCAAUAUAAGAUCAAGUACAUUCGUGAUUUAACGGCUGGAUUUGAUAACAGCUGUCCUGAUAACAAACCAUUGCUGCCAGUGAGCAAGUCUAGUCAGAUGAUCACAUUCACGUUUGAGAACGGUUGCGUGGCAACUCUGCGUACCAGUGGAACAGAGCCAAAGAUCAAGUGGUACACUGAGCACAGACCAGACCCUGCGUCCGGAAUGACGAGAGAGCAGACUGAGGCAGAGCUGCAAGACAUGGUAGACAGCAUCGUAAGGCACUUCUACCAGCCGCAGAAAAAUGGACUCAUUGCUCGCACGUCCUAAACACCAGGAGAAGAAUGGAAAUGAAAGAAUCUCACACCAGUAAAAAAAACUCAACUGUAAUUAGCAUUUGUGAACAUUUUAAGAGUUAUGAAAUAUAACGCUUUAGAUUUUUCCUUUUGGUUGAGGUGAUGUUAUUGUUACAAAGUCUCCUUUCGGUGUAAAUGAGUUGCUCAGUGCACCAUUAAUAUAAGUGAAAAGAAAAUAUUAGCGUUACAAAAAAUAACUUUUUCCUUAAUAUAUUUUGGUGUUUACAUGUAUACAAUGUGAUUAUCUUUUUUAUAUGCAUAUGUAGACUUGUACAGCAUUAUUCUUAAAUUAAUAACCAAUAUUACUCAGAUUUUUUUUGCAUUUUGCUACAAAUGUAGGCAGUUUAAAUGUUCUAUUUAUGUGAUGUGUUAGUCUCGUUUACGCCUUUGUAUUGUUCAAAGAGUGCUUUUUUACCAAUAGUUUGUAGAUGAAAGCAAUGAGCAUUGUUUAUCUAUUUGAAAUAUGCGCAAUAAUAUAUGUACUGAAACACAAAAAUGCAUUAAAUAUCUUCUGAGAAAAACAAACUUGAUGCUUAUGAUGUAAAUAAUAACGGCAAUUAGUUGUUCGUCCAGUCCUUUGACAUAAUAAAUACUGACAUAUAAAGAAUCUUGACAUGCUUUCAUUGAGUGAUUAAACAUGAUGUUUACAUUUUUAUCAAUUUUUAAAAGUUUCAAAUUAUUUAACCUUUCAAUUGAUAACAGUUUCAUUGCAGUGACUAAGUAUAUAAAAACCUUUUAGAAUUAGUAUGAACAUGAUGUUAAACUAUACACUUGUCAACAUAAAGUAUCAAAGGCUUGUUUUUUAGCUUUUGUUUGGUGAUUGUGUACUUAGAAUGUGUACACAAAUGUAAAUCUGUAUUGGCCUAAAUGGAAGUGCUGUAGGUGUGUGUCGUGUGUACCUUUGCAUUCUUAUAUUGUUUUUGCUAGACAAUAUGUUAAUAAUGAAAAGAAAUUGAAAGCAUACAUUUUUAACUAUAUUUGUGCUAAUAUGAUGCCAUCUGUUGAAUUUAAUUAAUGCGUAGGGAUCAUAUCUGUUGGAAAUAUGUACAGCAAUAGCGGUUAUUUAAUAUUAAAUCUGCAUUGACAUUGUUGUUUUAUCGUUUGUACAUAUUCUCAAAAUUCUCACAAGCAAGGAAUUCCAUUUGAAAACUGUAUUAUGUAAUUAUACCCCCACAAAUGAAGUUUAGGGGGGUAUAUAGGAGUGAACCUGUCAGUGGGUCGGUCGGUCUCUCUGUCUGUCGGUCCGUAUUAAGAGUCCGCUCUCUAAUUCAAGUAGUUUUCAUCCGAUCUUCACCAAACUUGGUCAGAAGUUGUAUCUACAUGAUGUCUAGGUCAAGUUCGAACAUGGGCCUUGCCGGGUCAAAAACUAGGUCAUGGGGUCACUUAGUGCGUUUUAAACAUUCAGCAUGUUGUCCGCUCUCUAAUUCAAGUAGUUUUCAUCCGAUCUUCACCAAACUUGGUCAGAAGUUGUAUCUAGAUGAUCUUAAGGCCAAGUUUAAACAUGGGCCUUGCCGGGUCAAAAACUAGGUCACGGGGUCACUUAGUGCGUUUUAAACAUUCAGCAUGUGGUCCUCUCUCUAAUUCAAGUAGUUUUCAUCCGAUCUUCACUAAACAUGGUCAGAAGUUGUAUCUUGAUGAUCUUAAGGCCAAGUUCGAACAUGGGCCUUGCCGGGUCAAAAACUAGGUGACUGGGUCAUUUAGUGGGUUUUUUAACAUUCAGCAUGGUGUCCUCUCUCUUAUUCAAGUAGUUUUCAUCCGAUCUUCACCAAACUUGGUCAGAAGUUUUAUCAAGAUGAUCUGAAGGCCAAGUUCGAACAUGGGCCAUGCCAGAUCAAAAACUAGGUCACAGGGUCACUUAGUACGUUUUACACCAUGAGCAUUGUGUUCACUCUCUAUUUCAAGUAAAUUAAAUCCGAUCUUCACCACACUUGGUCAGAAGUUGUAACUAAAUGAUGUGUAGGUCAAGUUCGAACAUGGGCCAUGCCGGGUCAAAAACUAGGUCACGGGGUCACAUAGUGUGUUUUAAACCUCACCAUGUUGUCUGCUCUCUUAUUCAAGUAGUUUUUAUCCAAUCUUCACCAAAAUUGGUCAGAAGUUGUAUCUUGAUAAUGUCUAGGGUAAGUUUGAAUAUGGGUCAUGCCGGGUCAAAAACAAGGUCAUGGGGUAACUUAGUGCGUUUUAAACAUCACAAUGUUGUCCGCUCUCUAAUUCAAGUAGUUUCAUCCAAUCUUCACCAAACUUGGUCAGAAGUUGUAUCUAGAUGAUGAAAAGGUCAAGUUUGAAUAUGGGUCAUGCCGGGUCAAAAACUAGGUCACGGGGUAUCUUAGUGCGUUUUAAACCUCACCCUGUUGUCCGCUCUCUAAUUCAAGUAGUUUUCAUCCAAUCCUCACCAAACUUGGUCACAAGUUUUAUCUAAAUGAUCUCUAGGACAAGUUUGAACAUGGGCCAUUCCGAGCCUAAAACUAGGUCACCGGAUCACUUAGUGCGGUUUUUAACAUUCAGCAUGGUGUCUGCUCUCUAAUUAAAGUAGUUUACAUCCGAUCUUCACCAAACUUGGUCAGAAGUUUUAUGGAGAUGAUCUUAAAGCCAAGUUAGAACAUGGGCCUUUCUGGGUUAAAAACUAGGUCAAGGGGUCACUUAGUGCAUUUUAAAAAUUGAGCAUGGUGUCUGCUGUCACGUCUGUGACAAAGCUCUAGUUUUAAUUAUUAUUGAACAUUACUUUAAUAUUUGUAUUAAUCAUUUUAUGUUCGUGUUUCCAGAAGUCUAGUUUAAAAAAAAACACCUUUUUAAUGCUUUUCAUUUGUAAUGAAAAACAUAAAAACAUGACUUGAGACUUUUUAUAAAUACGGGCCCUUGUUUCAUCAGUUUUGUGCUACCAAAUAUAACAUAUAGCAGUAUAAGAUAAUAUGCAAGGAAUAGUUUUAUCAGACAUUAUCACGUGCAUAUUCCUAUGGUUUAUUCAUGUGAAAAUGGACCAUUUCAUGAUGGACUGUCCAGAGGCCUUAUGAGAACGUCCGUCAUCACUUGCCAUACGUUUCGAUCAUUGAACGCCACUUGUCUUCACUGAUAUAUGUAUUUAUGUUUUUACUUCAAGUAAUAUCGUUAUGUGCUAAGGUUUAUAUUUAUGCACGUUUAUCAUUUCUUUUACUUUUUCUUUUUUUAUGUUUUGCCAGUCUGAUAAGAGUAUGGAUGCUUUAUUAAAUGCUAUAACACAG